AUGAGUUCCCUGCAGCAGGUGAAUCCCACAGUGAGGGGGAUCAGAGCGUCAGCGCACACUCGACUGCACGGUCUGGCUACACACAUCGCACAAGACAUCACACAGGGGGCGCUGAAACCCUUUAAAGAGGUGAUUGACGUCAGCGCAGGUGACCCCCACACGGCGGGAUUCAAACCCGUUACAUUUGUUCGCCAGGUUUUGGCCGCGUGUCUCCUCCCUCGGCUGCUGGAAGAAGAAACUCUUCCUCUGGAUGUCAGGCGGAGGGCUCAGAGGCUCCUGGAGGCCUGCGAGGGAGGAAGUGUGGGUUCCUACACAGCCUCCUCUGGCAUGUGUCACGUCAGGCAAAGCAUCGCCGAGUCCAUCGUGCGUCGAGACGCUGGAGUGCCUUCCCACGCCAAAGACAUCUUCAUUUCUUCCAGUUUGCAAAGGGCCCUGAUGCCUUAUGUAACUGCAAUGAGUUCAAAUGAUGGGAUGAAUAAACGGUUGGUUUCAUUGACGUGUUGCGUGAAGGUGUUUAUUAAGGUGCUUGCCGGUGGGCAAGAGGAGACCCGGGUGGGCGUGCUGACCCCGGUGCCCUGCCCACACACCCUGCCGGCUCUCCUGGAUGAGGCCCGGCUGGCGCUGGCGCCGUACCGGCUGGCCGAGGGCCGCCGCUGGGCUGUAGAUGUGGACGAGCUGCAUCGAGCUUUAAAGAGCGCCACGGGGCGCUGCAAACCCAGAGCCAUUUACAUCAGCAACCCAGGAAACCCCACAGGUCAUGUGCAGGACUGGAAAUCAAUAGAGGAAGUGAUACGCUUUGCGGCUGCGGAGCGACUUCUUCUCUUGGUUGAUGAGGUGUACCAGGACAGCGUGUAUGGACCGGGCCGGGGAUUUAUUUCCUACAAGAGAGUUCUGUUUGAGAUGGACGGGGGGUACUCUGACACGGUGGAGCUGGUCUCCUUCCACUCUUUAGCCUGUGCCCACAUGGGAGAGGGCGGCCUGAUGGCAGGAUACAUUGAGCUGGUCAACAUUGACCCGGAGGUGAUGCAUUUCGUUGAUACUAUGCUGUGUACUGAUAUCAGCACUCCGGUCACAGGACAGCUUGCUCUGGAUCUCAUGGUCGACCCGCCGCGACCCGGCGACCUCUCCUUUGACACGUACUCUCAGGAGAUUCUCCUGACUCGGGCUGUUUUGUCCCAGAAUGCUCAGCGAGCUCAGGAGUUCCUGAAUGAUCUACCAGGGAUGAGCUGUCAGCCAGCGAUGGGGGGAAUCUACCUUUAUCCCCGCCUGCACUUGUCACCCCAGAUUAUAGAGAAGGCCAAGGUAUUAAAGGUGGAGCCAGAGGAUCUGUAUUGUCAGAUGUUGCUGGAGGAAAAGGGUGUGUUGUUAGGGGCCGGCUGUCAGUCCGGAGAGACAGCGUCCAGCUACCAUCUGAGGUUGUGUAUUCUUGUUCUUCCUGACACGCUGGAGGAGGUGCUGGCUCGCCUCGCCUGCUUCCACUGUCACGGCCACGCUUCCUCCCCGUGAGCGGCACGUGACGGACGGAGACAUGGGGAGACGUUUCGUGACCCAUCAGUGGUGCCCCUGGUGUCAAAGGACGGAUCCCCGGCUCUUUGUUGCUUUCCUUCACAUUUACUGUUCUGUGCCCGAUUUAUACCUUUGAAACAUGAAAUCAUUUCUUAUGCAAACUGUCAAAUGGAUCUUAAAAUGCUUCAUUCUUAACCAAAAGGUUUCAAUGCAUAAACAGCUAAAUUAAAAGAAUGUGUAGAAAAUUGUCCAAGAGUUAAAAAAACUAAUUUGAUAUAGUUAAAAUAGUUUUUUGUUAAAACAGAAAUGGGUAGGUUUGUAUUAUUCUGGAAAAUAUUAGAUGAACGUAACUUCAUAAAUUUGCUUAACAGAAUACAUGUUUUUUUGUGCUACUUGUACUUUAGUAAAUCCAUUUUAUGCUACUUAAUAAUUCUACUUGACAAUCUCAUUAAAUGCCAGUUCGCAGUU